CAGCAGAAUCAGCAUGAACAAGAUGCUCCUGCUCCCGCACGAGGACCUCCACCGCCACCAGACAACAUUGUCCAUCUCACAGAAGGACGAGAACAGAAGAAAGAACCUCCAGUCGACACCGUCGACGUCUUAUCAAAUGCAAAAAUGUCUGGGUCUGGAAACUUGUGAUGCUGCGUGGCGUAAUAUCAUGAGGGGAUCACAAGUGCUGGCUCAGCAUGACAAGUUUCUGAGCUUCUAGGUGUUGCCUAUUCUGCGUGACAAACUGCGCUUCUGCAUGACAGAAAAGUGGCGCGCUUGGGUAACGUGCAUGACAGAUUUGGGAGUCAUGCCAGACAAGCAUGACAAACAUGCACUCUUCCAGACCCAGACAUUUUUACAUUUGAUACGUCUUUUCCGAUGGUGAAGAAAUGGUUCUCACGACAGGAGACAACGCGGAGCUCCUUGCCCAAGCUGGAGAUCAUGCGCUCUCGUCAAGCGGAGGUCCUCCCGCAGGUAGUGGCGCGACGGCGCGUCUGCAAGAGGAUAUUAGAAAUAUUGACAGGCCGAGCAGGACGGGUGGCGGAACAGGAAAAAUAAAUGCACUUCCCACCCGAAAGCAUGGCUACCAGGAGCAACAUGGUAGUACUUCGGGUGGGAACAAAAGAACGAAACAGUCAACAUCUCCUGGGUGGUCGUCCCCAGAGGCAGAAGAAGAUGUUGUACCAAAAAGACACUAUCUGAGUCCACCUCGAGAGGAUCAUGUUGACAGUGAUGCCGCGGGGAGGGCCUCUCCGGAUGAAAAACAUCAACAACGAGGAGCAAACGAGGAAAUUAUGGACGACCCCUUGUCAUCUUCUUUCGUCGAACUGCAGAAACAAAGGACGGCUGGUUAUCAAACGGAGCUCCAAAAAGCACAAGCCCGCGAAGCAGCCUGGCAGGCGCAACUCGCUGCUGCUCACGGCAUGACUACCUGUAAGCAUUUCACGUGUUACGGCACGGGCCAGCCGCAGCAUACAACAACCGCGAUAAAGUCCCGCUUUUACUCCAGCGUUGUGGCCUCCGGCACGCCCGCACAGGCGGGGUCCGCAGCGCAGCAGGUGCUGAAACCGGCCGCCAGCUAUUUACAGUAAAUUUCCUGUACACGACGUACAAAUGCGGUCUCUGCAUGGCAAAUCUAGGCUUCGAUCCUAGUUUAGCAUGACAAGUUUCACAGUCCAAAUCGGGGAAAUUUGUGAUGCAUCUUGUACAUGUACGGGAAAUUUGUAUUGCAUACCAGCCGGGAGCAAUACGCCUGGCGGUUGGACACGGAGGACGAAUGCAACGGCAGCGAGACCUAUGACCCUGCACAACUCCCCCUCCCCCUCAUUUGUCAUGCAAAAUGCCCGUAUUUACUCUUUGCCUCUUGGCACUGUUUGCAGGACAAGUUUUGGUAGCCCAAAUAGCACGACUAUAAUCCAGCGCAAAUUUCCGAUGCAAAACCAGCAUUCUUGCUGAUGCUUGUAUUGCCGGUCAACAUGCUAUACAAAUGAGGGGGAGGGGGAGUUGUGCGCUGUUAUAAGUCCGGACAGUACUUCAAAAAAAUCGGGUGCCAGGACGUGUGUUGCAACAUGGUCUACUGCAUUGCGGACGACGAAUGGAAGGUGUGGCCGUUUCAGAAAUUUCCAAACCUCCGCACCGCCCAGGCCGCAGUGGUGCAGGAAAAGGGUAAGGCCACGUAUUUCCAAUCCCCCAAUGCGCUGAAGCACCACGUCGUGCGGGCGCCCAAUUGCGUUGGCCCCGCGGACCACGUGGGCCGGAAGGUGUACGCGCGGGUCUCCGAGUGCCACCGGUAC